AUUUAUGAUUGUGACUUCGAAUAUAGUGAAUGACUUGAACACAGCAUUUUAACUUAUCAAUAUGGGUACAAAUGAGAAAAUCAGAUAAGGGGAGCUAUUGUUACAACAAAUAAGAGGUGAUAUAUAAUAUCCUAAAGUGUUAUUUGAUUAUUUUUAAGCUUAUGAAAUUAGUCUAGGUCUUCGAGCUGCAAUUGAAUUAAAAUUGUGGUUUAAAGAAUAUCGUAAUUUUGAUGACUACUAAGCAUAAUAUGUUCAAAAUGUAGUCUAAACAAUCAAGUAACACAUAAUAAGAGCUUACAUAAUGUCUGAAGCACCUUUGAUUCAUUAAUUAAAAGAUGCAAUUGUUUAUGUUGCAUAAAGAGACUUUCCAACUUAAUGGCCUUCUCUAAUGGCAGAUUUAAAUCAAUCCUUAACCCAUCCAGAUUAUGUAUACAAAACUGUGAAGUUAAUAUACAAAUUGACUGAAAAAUAUGUUUAUCAAUCAAGGAGUGAUCCAUUAUAUGAAGAAAUCAUUAUAACAUGCGAUACAAUCCAUAACAAUUUGUUAUUGUUAGCUAAAUCAUUGAUAUAAUAAAUAGAAACCCUUCAAAAUCUGAAAUUAUCAUAUGAAAUUCUGAAGGCAUUACUAAAAGUUUUUUACAAUUUAAAUUUUUAAGUAAUUAAAUUAGUAAUUUAUAUAAUUUAGGACUUACAUCCUAAUUUUGAAGAUAACCUAUAAUCUUGGAUGGAAUUUAUGAAGGUUGUUCUUCGACUUUAGCCAGUUUAAGGUGUUGAAUAAUAUUUGUUUAAAUGUAAAGGUGAAGCACUUAGAUGUGUUCUAUUAUAUGCGAUGAAAUAUCGUGAUGAUUUUGGUGAUUUGAUUCAAGUAUUCUCUAGUGAAAUCUGGAAUGUUUGUACUUAAACUAGUUCUGGAAGAGAUAGUGAUAAAGUAAAUAUAUAAAUAAUUAUUAAUUUCAGAUUGUAUUAUGUGCUUUGAGAUAUUUCAAGACUUUAAUUGCUUGGUAAGAUAUGAAAGCCUUUUUUGAAUAAAAUAUAAAAGUCUUAAUAGAGAGUCUUAUUAUCAGGAAUUUAUCCUUAUCAAGUAAUAUAAAUGUAAUAUUAUUAAAUAGAGGAUGAAAUUGGAAUGUUUUAAGAUGAACCAUAAGAAUUUAUAGAGAAAUUUUUUGAAUAAAGUGAUUUAGAAUCUAGAAGGGCUUAAGCUGUUGAACUAUUCAAGACAGUUACUAAACAUUUCAAUUAGUAGGUCAAUCAAAUUAUUUAAGAAUAUCUGUAUAUAUUAAUAUAUAUAUAUUUUAGAUAAGCUUAUAUUUAAUCAGGAAUGAAUGGAGUUGAUAAUGAAAUCAUUCUUAUUAAUUUAAUUAUUGAAGCUAGUACCAGUUCAUUUACAUCAAAAGAUGGAACAAUUGAUAUCAUUUUAUCAUAAGAAAAUGUUCUUGGAUUUUAUACUCAUUGUUUAAAACCAAAAUUAGGAUAAAUAUUUGAAUUACAAUAAUAGAAUUAAUCAGUUGAAUCCAAAUUCACUCCUAUUUAAUUAGCAUUCUAUUGCAGAUAUUUAUUUUAUUUCAGAAAUGUUAUUGAUAAAGUUGAAUUGCCAACACUUGCUACAUUAGUAUCUAAAUUACAAUUAAGUAAGAAAACUACAUUAUCUAAUAUCGCUUGUUAUACAGCUUAUUCUUUAAUCAAUGUUAGAUAGGAUGUCAAAAAUUAUGCUAAUCAUUAAUUAUACUUUGAAAAUGUUAAUAUUUCUUAGUAUUUAUAAUUAAUUUUAACAGACUGUUAUAAUAAUAUUAAAUAAUAAUAAAAAUUAGAGACUUACAGUUUGAAACUUACUAAUUCAUUGAUUAAUCUAUUAAAGUAAGAAAUUUUUAAUGCUAUUCCUGCUUUAUGUAAUUUGUUACAAGAUUUAUUAAAGAACAUUAAAUUAGAAUAUGAAUUUUAAAAUGUUCAUUUAGUUUUUGAGAUAAUUGCAAGUGUCAUUGAUGUAUGCAUAAUUGCAAAAAAUUCUGAAGCUGCCAAUUAAUUAUAAUAGAGUAUUUUAAAUUAACUUGAUGAAUUAUUAAGAGAAAAUAAAGGUGAUGUUACUAAUUUUGUUUUACAAAUUUAUUCUCUCUUUUUAUAAGUUUAAACAAAUGCCACUUCAUACUAUUAAAAUCUAUUAUAGAAUUUUCUUGAAAUAUAAAAUUGGAAUGAAUCAAAUUCAUCUUUAUUUUAAGCUUAUAUUAUUUUCUUUUAAUUUGGAUUCUAAGGAACCAAUUUACCUAUACCAUAGUUAUAGGCAAUACUUAAAGCAAUAGUCUCACAUAGCACUCCAUCAUAUACAGAAUUAUCUAAAUUUUUAAUUAAAUCAAAUUAAUAAUGGACAAACAUAGUUUUAUCUAUUAUUUUUGAAUAAUACUAAAUAUAAUAAUAAUCUUAACCAUAGAUCUCUUCAAAAUCAAAGGCAACACAUUUGAGUUAAAGAUUAAUCAAUAAAGAAGUGUUUCUUUUAUUAGCUCAUGUCUUUACAACUUAUGGAGUGGAAGUUUUAGUUACUGAAUGUUCUAAGAUAUCAUCUUAAUUAUUAGAAAGCUUUUUAAUUAAUGAAUUAGGAAUUAUUAAAUCUAUUUCCUAAAGAAAUGAAAGAAAAUUAAUUUUUACUAUGUUAUCAACCAUACUAUUUAUAGGAUCGUAUAUUAUUCAUAUCAAAUUUUAGAUUGUUAAGUUAAUAAACCUGGAAUCUAGUUUUUUAGGCUAUGGUUGAAAAUAUUACACUCAAAAAAAGAAAUCCAUUAAAAUUUAUGGGUAGAGUCACUGAUAGAGAGGUAACCUCAAGUUCUGGAUUCUAACCAUUAAAACCUGUUAUUACUAGAAAUGUAUCCUUUUUUUAAUUAAAUUAAGGCUACUGAUAAAACAUUUAAUGAUGAAGAUAAAUUUUUUAGUGCCCAAUUCAAAACUUAUUAUAGUAAUCCUAUUGUAUAAUAGUAAUUACCUAUUCAAUAAUUAUUAAACCAAUAACAAUAAGAGUUAUUAAGUAAUUUAAUACAAUCUGUUUGA